AUGUUACUGGAUGACUGUGUAUCCACAAUUCUCUCCAACACCUUACCUCUAGAUGCAUGCAGGUCUUUGUCAGUAUCAUCUUCGUUUCGUUCUGCAGCAAAUUCUGACAUUGUUUGGGAGAGUUUGUUGCCCUCUGAUUAUGAAGACAUUGUUUCAAGAUCAGUAACUCCUUUGAAAUUCUCUUCAAAGAAAGAGAUAUUUGUUUGUCUUUGUGAUCCCAUUCUCACAGAUGGUGGAAAUAAGAGCUUUGCAUUGGAAAAAUCAACUGGGUUAAAAUCAUACAUACUCUCUGCAAGAGAACUUUCCAUUACAUGGGGCAAUCAGCCAAUGUAUUGGAUAUGGAAGUUCAUGUAUGGAUCAAGGUUGGUAGUAUUGGUAUUGAGAGGGAAAUCACCACCUUGCAAUUGGAAGUAUGUUAAAGAGUUUAUAGGUAAUGUUUCUGUUGUGGUGAUGUCAAAUGGCAUCGUUACAGAAGAAAGAAUACAAAUUAAUAGUCAACUAUAUAUGGUGGUGACUAUCAACACCAAUUAA